CGUGGCUUCCAUAUUCCACAGUCAGACAUAUGGCUGUGAUGUUAUCGAAUAGCCAUCUUCAUAGCGAAAAGGAUACGUCCAUAACGCCAAAAUGAGCAAGACAAUAACGGAUGGUUUCCUUCCCCUUUCCUCUCUCCGUCUUAUCGUGCCCCCUCUGCAGCUUGUGUCUGCAGCUCUGUGGGAGAUAGUGAAGCAAGGAGCUGUGAUGUACUACGGUCUGCUGGAGGAGUUCGUUACCACAGUGUUGGAAACAGUCCCUGAGCUGCUCACGUACACUGAGAGAGUCCAAUUAGUUAUGGGCCUACGUGCAAAGGUGGUGCUAGAGUUGUGUCGCAAUGAUGAUUUCGCCAGCCCUCAGGGCAUCCAGCCUCAUCUGAGUAGAAUAAACACCUACAUUACAAACCAGGAGAAAGAGACUUCCAGUUCUGAGGUAAAAGCAUCAGUGACAAGCUUCUUUAACCUUGUUCACACUCUAGUGGAAGAUCAAUGCCAGAGGGAAAUAUUUUAUCAGAAAACCUUCCCAACAGUGUUCGGCCCUAAAUAUGACUCAGCCCUACAAGCUCUAAUGAGAAAAUUCCUCUUCAAUUUGCAGAAGCUGCUGCCUGUUCCAAACCUUGAACAAACUUCCCUCAGUCUCUCCCCUUUUAUCUUGAAAGAGUGCGUAGACUUCAUGAAUCAACCUGAGCCCCUGAAUACACUCAUUCAGCAUCACAAACAUCAUGGGCACAAAGUUCCACAAGCUUCAUCUUCCUCUGGUGAUGAUUGUAUCCUUUCCAGCCUUUCCUAUCACCUACCAAAGGUGGACAAUGUUGAAGGAGACACACUUGUCAAAUCUGGAAUCUCACAAGAUCGGAAAAGAGAUAACUUACUUGGCAGUGAGUCAAAAAAGGACAAAGAAGGAAACUUGAAGGAGAUCAAUUCAGAAUUGGUUAGGAAUGUAGAAAGAAAUGGACAGCAGCAUGCUGAUGAUAUAACUGAAGAAGAAGGAGCCUCUGUAGAAGUAAUACUUCAGCCUUUUGAUGAGAGUGAGUGUAAUGAUGAUGACGACAUGGACAAAAAAAUGUGUCACCAUUUGAAAACUGGCAGUAGGACCUCUCCAAAAACCUUCAAGUGUCGUGUUUGUGGCAAAGAUUUCGGUUCCCUUGGCAAACUAAAGAGGCACAGGAUUACCCACGGUGGUUGCGUUACAAACAGAAUGAGUCAGACAUAUUCUACGAGCCAAAGUAUCUUUUUUGAUCAGAUAAAUUUACACCCUAAACCAAAGACUUGUAUUGAGAAUAAUGCUUCUAGAAUAGAAACUGAGCUUUCCUCUUUGCCAAGUGCCACACAUAACCCAUCAAAUAUAAUUAAUCUUCCUAACUUUGAGCAGUCUAAUCAUGGCUAUAAUCUCGUCUGUCAUGUUUGUGGCAAGGUUUUCACUUACCCAAAAAAUUUUGACAAACACCGGAGGUUUUGUGCGGUCAAUAGUAAACAACAAGUAGAGACAGGCCCACAGUGUUCCACUAGCUUUCCCAGUCACUCCAAACCAACCCCUGCUGAUAAGACCAAAGAGUCUUUCCCUAGUGAAACUGAAACUGGGCCUUCAGGUGUUUUACCCCAUGAACCAACAUCUUCCGACUCACCACAAGAGCAAACGUGUAAAAGAAGCAGUCGUGUCAAACAAUGCUCCGUAUGUGGGAAAACAUUUACCUGCUCUACUGACUUGACGAGGCACAUGAGAUUCCACACUGAACAGAGUCCUCACCUUUGUUUGUAUUGUGGGAAAGACUUUGACAACUACGAAGACUGCGAGGGACACCAGGAAGGUAAAUGCAGAGUUUCAAACCUGCAUUCACAGGACAAUUCCUCGAGCAACGCAAGUAAAGGGAAUCAGGAAAGUGGUGUAGCUCAGAUCCCAACAAUCACAGAUGCACCUGCUAACUUGCAGGCCAUGCAGUCACCUCUGACGUGUCCGGAAUGCGGCCAGGGUUUUACGUACUACAAGAGGUUUGAGAAGCACCAGAGGGAAUGUUCCAAAAGAGCUCCUCGUAGGAAAAAGCGAAAAAACAUGAACCAUUUUAUUAUAAAUGCGUGUAAUGUCCGAUCAGCUGACAACAAUGGGAGUCAUUCUGAGACAAGUUAUGAAACAAAGGAAAUUGCAGAAACGGCACUCUCCGCAGACGGUGCAUAUGGCUGCAAGGCAAAAUCUCGCACAAUCAAGUGCACCAUGUGUGAGAAGAACUUUUCAAAAAUUGUCCUCAUGAAAAGACAUUAUUCCGAGUCACAUAAAGUUAGCGGCUCAUACCCCUGUCCUUUGUGCAAGAGAGCUUUUGUCAGGUUGUGCGAAUUGGUUCGACAUCAGCAAAACAAAAAACUGUACCAGUGCGCUGCCUGCAACAAAUGUUACACGAAGCCCGGACUACUAAAUGAUCAUGAAAAAAAAGUACACACUGCAAGCGUAACACCACGCGUUUGUGAAACAUGCGGCAAAAGCUUCAAAUAUCUCGCUCAUCUGAUUCUGCACCAGCGCAAGCAUAGAGAACGGCAACCUAGCGUUUGUUCCUACUGUGGGAAACAGUUCAGUACAAAAGACUGCCUAAGAGCGCACAUGGUGAGGCACACAGAUGGCUACCCGUGCCCAGUAUGCGGGAAGAAAUUCUAUCAAAAAACAUACCUUAAAUGGCAUCUGUAUAAACACACGGGGCAAGAGCCGUACCUGUGUGACACGUGUGGGAAAGGCUGGCCGAGUGCAGCCCAGCUCAAGCUUCACAUGGUCCAACAUACAGAGGAAAGGCCGUUCAAGUGUGAAGACUGCGGCGUGUGUUACAAGAGGGGAUCCCAUUUGAUGGCUCACCGUAGAGCCAAACAUAUUGGGUUGCGGCCAUUCGUGUGUGAGGUUUGCAGCAAAGCCUUUAGAUUAAACAAUGAGCUGAAAAAACACACAAUGGUUCACACGGGGGAACGGCCAUACACGUGUCCAAGGUGCAACAAAACAUUUACGAGAAAAGCUCGCCUUAGGGAACACAGGGAAAAGGCAUGUGUGUAACUUCAUGCCGUUUGUGGACUGUGCUGUGUUAAAACGAACACGAUUCAUGUGCCAUUCUACCACUACAUACAGUACAUACAUGUACCAUAAGUUCUGACAUCAGCUGUGCCUCAAUGCUGUAUAUGUAUGAUGCCUUUUAUAGUUAAGCCACAGAUGUGUAAACUACUCCAUUUUGUCUGACAUUGUGUGACAUUUUCCUUCACUGAGAGUAAGAAUGGCCUUGCUGCACAGUGUGUCAAAUUAAAGUCUUAAGGUUUCUCCAAGGGCUGCAAGAAGCUCAAGUCUGUUUGAGGAGGAGGAGGCAGACUCAUAAUUUGGAUGGAUUCAUUCGUAAAGAGCACAGAUAGUGUUAGAACUGGUGAAACAUACACUCACGGUAAUAUGAUGCUUUAAUAUCUGUUGUGACAUGCUUAAAUAAACCCAGAAGACACA